UAUCAUCUUUGCAGUAAAACUCAAACACCAUCUCAGUCAGUCACUCACUCGAAAUUCAAGUGCACCUGUUUCUCACAAAGAUGGUGAAAACCCCAUCUUGUGACAAAAGUGGACCGGGGAAGGAUACUUGGACUCCGGAGGAAGAUAGAAAAUUAAUUGCCUAUGUCACAAGAUAUGGUUUCUGGAAUUGGAGACAACUUCCCAGGUUUGCAGGUCUGGCAAGGUGUGGGAAAAGUUGUAGAUUGAGAUGGAUGAAUCAUCUGAGGCCGAAAAUCAAAAGAGCGAACUUCAGUUCAGAAGAAGAAGAAUACAUCCUCAGAAUGCACACAAAACUUGGUAACAGAUGGUCUGCUAUUGCGGCUGAGUUACCCGGAAGAACAGAUGUGGAAGUAAAAAACCAUUGGCAGACCACUCUCAAGAAAAGGUCUCAAGAAGAAGCACUCGCGAAAGAAGAAACUAGAGCUUCAAAAUCAUCAAAGAAUAAAGAAUCCACGAGUAAUGGUGUUCAUGUUCCUUUUCCUGCUUCUUCCCAGAAUUCAAAUGAUUCUGUAGACAUAUCAUUCUCGUCACUUUCAUCCUCCAGCGACGAGUAUUCCUCGGGGCCCUGUUUCCCUUAAGGUUUAAGCAAAAGUGGAAGAAGAUGUGAUUGAAUCGCUGUCAUAACUGUCACAUUAGAAAAUUCUAGAACAACUUGGUGCAAUGGCAACAAAGAUUUUCUUGACAUUUAUAGAGUUAGAGUUAGAAAUGUAUCUUGAAGUCACAAACAUGAUAUCCAACCUCCUUUUUUUUAUA